AUGCACUCUGCCUUUCUGCGAACGUCUUUGCCUUCGUCUCGCGGGCCGAACCGCGGCAGAAGAGUCGCGUUUCUUUCUGCGCUUCCUUCGACUUGUGGAAAGGCAGCGUCGACGCGAGGGAGUCCGUCGGGGUCUCAGCCCGCGUUCUCACUCUUCGGAAGUCGUGCAUCGCCUCCCUCUCGCUCUGCCUCCGCUAAUGGCGCUCCAGUUCAGCUGGCCGCUGCCGCGUCUUCUGUUCCUUCCUUCGUGUUUUCUUCUUUUUCCUCGCCCAUCCUCUCUGGUUGGCGGCCCGCGACUCCUUUUCCGGCCCUCUCCCUGCUCUCGCCGCUUCUCCCUCUCGGCAGAACCGUCGAGGAAACGGUCUCGUCUUCCCGAGAGGGAACUGCAGGCAGGGAAACGUUCUUGUUUGCCCAGACGCCAGGGGCCCUAGGUGCGGAUGAGGAAGGACCGCUUCCUACGUUGACGCUGACUCAAGCGGAUCUCGAUUUUUAUCGCGAGUUGGGCGUUUCGCCCAAGGCGCCGUGGUGGGAAGUGCAACAGGCGUACCAACUGAAGCACAGCGAAGUGGAAGACGAAACCCAGCAGCGGAAAAUGGAGGAGGCGUGGCUUCAGAUCUUUGCGAAAAGAUUCAAUCGCGAUUUUCUCGACGUCUGUCGCAGAUACGAGAACCAACACACCGAGGAGUCGCGCUCCCGCUUGUCCAAAUUCUUCGCCUGGGUUUUCGGCCGGCGGAAACCUGCGUCGAACGACAUUGAUUGGGACAGCGGCUUUCCGAGCGAAGAAGACCCGGUGUACAUGAGUCAGGUGGAUGCGCCGAGAGAGAUCAAGGAAAUUAUGAUGGGUCUGGGCGACAGAAGUGGAGUGUUUCGUGACAUUGCCAAGGACGACGACAAACGCCGAGAUGGACUUUUCAGAAGGUUCGAUAUCGCUCGCGUGUGGUCUACGGGGAGCUUUUUCGUUCCCUUGGCUCUCGUCAGUUUAUCGUCGUCGAAGCUCAUCACUCCUGCCUUGACGACUGCCUUCGGUUUGUCGGCUAGUUUCAUGGGCAAAAUUGACACCAACAUGGGCACAGAGGGUGCAAGUGAGCUGAAGCGUUUUAGUCCACCGACCUUGAGGACUCUUCUGUGGACCGGCGGGCUUCUCCUUUUGCAUGCGGUGCUCGGCGUCGCUGGCGCAUCUGCGUUGCUCACUGCGAUCGGCCGGCUGCCUUUGGGCCUGCGGCCAGAGAGCCUCGUCGCGGCGAUGGUCAUCCUGCAGUGGUGGUUCAGUGCUGUCGCGUACCGGACUCACGAGUCGGUGCCCGUAGACGACGACUUGGGGGAUGACCUGGACGAUGAUCCUGACGCGUCUGAGGGCACGCGUCCCAAUAUGCCCCAGGACGACAGCGACGAGGAUUCGGACGGCGACGACCUUAGUGGUCCGCUCGACGAGUAA